AUGUUCUUUCUUUCUUUCUUUCUUUCUUUCUUUCUUUCUUUCUUUCUUUCGUUCUCAUUUCGUUCGUUCAGUCGGUCGUUCUUUUUUUCAUUCUUUCUUUUAUCUAUUUUCAUUCGUUCGAUCAUUCAGUCGUUUUUCUUUCUAUUUUUCAUUCGUUCUUUCAUUCGGUCGUUAAAUUCGGUCGUUCUUUCUUUUUUCUAUUAUUCAUUCGGUUGUUCUUUCUUUCUAUUAUUCAUUCGGUUGUUCACCCGAAUGUUCUUUCUUUUCUUUUGUUUGUUUGUUUGUUUGUUUGUUUCUUUCUCAUUCGUUCGUUCAGUCGGUCGUUCUUUUUUUUCUUACUUUAUUUCUUUUAUCCAUUUUCAUUCGUUCGAUCAUUUAGUCGUUUUUCUUUGUAUUUUUCAUUCGUUCAUUCAUUCGGUCGUUUUUUCUUUUUUUCUAUUAUUCAUUAACUUGUUCUUUCUUUCUAUUAUUCAUUCGGUUGUUCACCCGAAAGUUCUUUCUUUCUUUCUUUCUUUCUUUCUUUUUAUUUCUCAUUCGUUCAUUCAGUCAGUCAGUCAUUCUUUUUUUCCUACUUUCUUUCUUUUAUAUAUUUCCAUUCGAUCGAUCACUCAGUCGUUUUUCUUUCUAUUUUUCAUUCAUUCGUUCAUUCUGUCGUUCUUUCUUACUUUCUUUCCUUUUUCUAUUUUCAUUCGUUCGAUCAUUUGGUCGAACUUUCUAUCGUUCAUUCAAUUUUCCAUCCGUUCCUUCAUGCGAUGGUUCUUUCAUUAUUUUUAA